AUGCUGGAAUGGGACUACAUGGGAGUGAAGGUUGAUGGUCGGCAGCUACACCAUUUGCGCUUUACUGAUGACAUCGUACUGAUAACAACUAGCAUCAGGCAAGCGGAACGAAUGCUGACCGAAUUUGACGAAACAUGUGGAUGCAUCGGUCUUCAGCUGAAUAUGCAAAAGACGAUGUUCAUGCGCAACGAAUGGGUUUCGGAUGCUCCAUUCACGCUCAACGGAACGAACAUGUCCGAAUGCAGCUACGUUUAUUUGGGUCGGAAAUUGAGUACGAUGAACGACCUGACCCCCGAGAUGGGCAAGAGGAGACAAGCGGCUUGGGGAGCGUAUAAGAGCAUCGAGGAUGUAGUGAAGAAUACCAAGAACACCCGACUCCGUGCUCACCUCUUCAACACCACCGUACUUUCUGCUUUGACCUAUGCUUCGGAAAACUGGGCAUUUCGCAAGCAGGAAGAAAACGCGGUGAGCGUCAUUGAACGCGCAAUUGAGAGAGAAAUGCUAGGAGUAUCCCGUUUCACGCAAGUGAGGGAUUCGAAGUUCUCUCUUACGUCAGCGACCGAAGAUUAG